CACCAACACAACAUCAGCAACCCGCCAAGUAGUCUCGCAUCAGCUGGUAUAUACGUCAGUGGGGGCAUUAUAGUGUUGUCUAGCUGCCCUGCCCAAGCGGUGCGCUCUCAGCUCGUGCAAGCGGUUUCGAAGCCGAACGCUCGCGUGAGAGCAUUGACCGCGCGUCGACUGUUGACUCUCAUCGCCCUGUGAUCUAAUUCAAAUGGCUUUCACCGAAGACAGUCUGAGGGCGAAGCUGUCGUCUCUGAACGAGACCCAGGACUCCAUCUCGACUGUCGGUCAGUGGAUCCUCUUCCACAGGAGACACGCCGACAAGAUUGCCCAGCUCUGGAGCCAGCGGGUCAAGGAAUCACCGCCGAACAAGAAGUUAACUCUUGUCUAUCUCGCGAAUGAAAUCGUCCAACAGUCCAAAAUCCGCAGAAAGGACGAGUUUCUCAAGGCCUACGACCCGCUCAUCGCCGAAGGCACCUCUGCCGCUUACAAGGGUUCCAACCCCGAUAUCCAGAACAAAAUUCGACGCGUGGUGGAGGUAUGGCGACAGCGACAGGUCUUCAGGCUGCCUAUUCAAGAGGAGGUGGAGCGGUCCCUCGAUGAAAUCGAUCGGUCGCGCUCAAACCGCAAGCCCGCGCUUGGUGGCUCACUCUUCUCCAACUCCUCCGUACCGCCAGAGCUCACGUCUGUCGCACCCCUUGCCACUUCCCUCCAGAAAGCCGACCUGACCGCAAAACCGGCCAUCGCAACCGCAAACCAAGACUACGAGAAGCUCACCAACCCGAACAAUGCAAUCCCGACUCCACCGAUGCACGCGGCCGGCCUCGCGGCGCUCGUCAAGAAGCUUGCGGUGGCUGAGGGAGCUGUUGCUGAAAGCAUCAAGGCGCGACAAGCUCUUGUGGAUGGACUGGAGAAACUGUUGGAGGAGAACAAGAUCAAGCUUGGCAAAGAGGAAGCGCAACUUGCAGACCUGAGGACACGGAAGGAUGCUAUCGAAAGCCGCAAGCGAGAGGUUGAGGAUGCCAUCUUGAGAGGUCUCUCUGCCGCGGAGACAAACAAGAUCUCUGCCGCACCACUCCCGGGGCUUUCCCAGGCCGAGCCUGACCGACCAAAUGUCGAGGAGCUAACCCCGCCGCCCAUGGAAUCCUUCACCCCCGUCGGCUCCCCAAGGCCGGAUAUACCGGACGUCCCGGACGAUGUCUACAGGGCGCCGCCAGCGAAUCCCAUGGAACCGGUGGCCGCCGAAGCCCCUCCAGAGGCAUCAGCUGUCUCCGCCCCAGCCACCGCUAUCGGCCCCGUGAAUGAGGCUGCGGGUGCAGACUUGCUACGCGCCUUACAGCACGCCCGGCCGGACGAGCACAAUGGAGUAUACGGGCAGGGAACUUAUAAGAAGAGGAAGAUGAGUCGUAGUGCAGCAGAGGAUGAGUUUGCGGCGUUUGCUGGCGACCUCGACAUGAAUGGUAUUGAAUCGACGCUCGACAAGAUGAUCUGAGCUUUACUUCUUUCUAAAUUCCGGGUCGGUGACAAUUAUGGAGGAUACUCAGGAUGCCAGAUGUCGAGGAGAAUCAAGUCUCACUACGGGGGAGCUCAUACGAAGUUCAAGGCGACUUUCAGAUGUAGUACACGAUCAUAGAUACUAUUACCGGCGUGUAGC